AGCGCACUCCUCAUCCAGCCGUUCCUCCUCUACGGCAUCUCAGGAUUUACCGUUUGCCAUGAGACUGUUUGUGAUACUGUUCCUUGCAACCGCCCUGACGCUGGCGUCGGGUGCAUCACUGAGCGCAUUAAAACGACGACACGCAUCAAAAUGGGAUAUCAUUCACCACGAAUAUCACGGGCCACCAGCACCCCUGUCUAAAGACGGUCGUGUUAUCGAUACGCCUGAGGUCAUGAAGGCACGGGCUGACCACUUGGCAAUUCACGCAGAAACUGUAAUUGACCUUAUGAAGAAGAUGGCUGAAGCGAACGCGCAAAAUGAGAAGGAGAAGGAGCAUGAGCACCACCACCACGAGCACAAACACGAAGAACACAAGCACGAGCACAAGCACGAAGAACACAAGCACGAGCACCACCACCACGAACACAAGCACGAAGAGCACAAGCACGAGCACAAAGAAGAAGACAAGAAAGAAGAAGAGAUGACUCCCGAGCUGAUGGCUAUGCUGAUGGGUACUGUUGAAGAAAAGAAAGAAGAAGAAACGAAGCCAGUAGAAGAGGCAAACAUGGAGGAAGCACCGGCGGCGGAGGCUGCGGCAGAAGAGGCUCCGGCGGAAGAGGCGGCUGUUGCUGUUGAGGAAGCGGCACUUGCUGCCGAAGAAGAGAAGAAAGAGGAGAAAGAAGAAGAGAAAAAGGAAGAGCACAAAAAAGAACAGCACCACAAAGAAGAGCAUCACAAAGAACAUAAGAAGGAGGAUACUAAGCCUGUCGUCGAAGCCGAGGAAGCAAACGAGGUCGACCACGAGCAUCCCAGUUACGUCCACAACCAUCAGAAAAACUACGAGGGCCCACUUGCACCCCUGGGCGAGGACGGUCGCGUUCUGGACACGCCCGAAGUACGAAAAGCUAAGGAAGCUCACCUGCACGCUUACGAGCACGCAGUGAAGCUCGCUAAAGCUCAGGCAGAGUGGAAGGAUAGCGCUUUACCAGCGUGGUACGAGAUGCGCAAGAGGAUCUACGUCCCACCAGUGAACCUUCUUUAUCAUCACGACGGUCCCAUCGGCUACAAGGGUCCGAUCGCCCCCAUCGACCAUCACGGUCGCGUCAUUGAUACCGCGGAGGUUGAACGCGCCAAGGCUGAGCACAGGAGAGCAUGGGAACAAGCGUUGGAACUAGCAAAACGUCACCCGCCCAAGGCAGAGGACAACUCCGUUUGGUGAAUCGCAUGAUUGUCAGGCAUGUCUUUAAUCUUUGAUUGUUUGUUCUCGCUGUAUAUUAUUAUUUUAUUUUUAUUAUUUUUAAUAUUAUUAACUGUGUAUAUAUGUCUACUAAACGCAGACCUCACGACGACUCGAUGGGGACGAAUCACCCCACGACUGGACAAAACAAAAAUACUUGAAUUUCUUAGUCAUGCUACUUUGUUAUACUAAGUUACUUUUAUUAACAGUUUGAAAACCUAAACUAAUAUUAUUGACUAAUAUCGAAUUUUUUACUAUGUUAAGAAUUAUAUAUGGCCAAUAGAAUUAGUAGAAAUUAUAAUAUUUCAGUUUGAUUGUAGUUUUGUAUUUAUUCUUGCUUUUUUCGUCAAAAUCGAUUAAAUACGCAAACGCCAAGUAACGUUAGUAUUUGCAGAUAAAUGAAUCACUAUAGAAGUUUAGGUAUUUUCGUCCGUUAUUGUUAUUCAGUCACAUCGUACAAUAUAUUAACGAGAUAUUAAGUAAAAGUACAUAUAUUAUUAUUUAAUAUGUACUUUCCUACAUAUGCAAGGUGUACAAAUAUUUUAUCUUAUACUUAGGA